UAUAACAGGGUACAAGUCAGGAAAGUCUAGUUUUUUGGACUUUAAGGGCAACUAUACAAUAUAAACGAUGAGCGGCUGUCCUUUUAUGGGAAAAAGACAUCAUUACACUUUCAAUGAGCUUUCUCUCGAAGACAAAAAUGGGGACAGCUCACAAGAAGGAAUGAAUAAAGCCAGCAGAGGAGGAAUCAUAUAUGGGGACUAUUUACAUCUUGAUAAGGUGCUGGACUCACAGGAACUACAGAGUGAAAAGAAAGGAAAUAAAAUCCACGAUGAGCACCUAUUUAUUGUCACUCAUCAAGCUUUCGAACUUUGGUUCAAACAGAUACUCUGGGAAUUGGAUUCAGUUCGAGAAAUAUUUCAGAGUGGGCAUGUGAAAGAUGAAAGGAAUAUGCUGAAAGUUGUGACUCGCAUUCAUCGCAUUUCCACAAUUCUCAGAUUAUUGGUGGAACAGUUCUCAGUUCUAGAGACCAUGACACCUUUGGACUUUUUUGAAUUCAGGGAAUAUUUGACCCCUGCCUCUGGGUUUCAAAGCUUGCAAUUCCGACUACUGGAGAAUAAAAUUGGUGUUCCUGAAAGUUUGAGAGUUCCAUACAACAGACGCCAUUACCGUGAUAAUUUCAAAGGGAAGGAGAAUGAAAUGCUUCUAAAAUCUGAGGAAGAACCCACACUGUUGGGCCUUGUGGAGGCAUGGCUGGAACGCACGCCUGGCCUGGAAGAAGCCGGCUUUCACUUUUGGGGAAAGCUGCAGGCCAAUAUAUUACAAGGAUUAGAGGAGCAAUUUCAGCUGGCAAAGGCCAAACCAGACUCAGAAGACAAGGAAGAGCAGCUGGCAGAGCUUCAGAAGCAAAAGGAAGUCUUCACUGCUUUAUUUGAUGAGAAGCGACAUGAACAUCUUCUCAGUAAAGGAGAAAGAAGACUGUCAUAUAAAGCGCUGAAAGGGGCUUUAAUGAUCUACUUCUACAGGGAGGAACCUCGUUUCCAGGUUCCAUUUCAACUCUUGACUUCUCUAAUGGAUAUUGAUAUUUUGAUGACCAAAUGGAGAUAUACUCAUGUCUGCAUGGUGCACAGAAUGAUUGGCAGCAAAGCUGGCACUGGUGGAUCGUCUGGGUACCACUACUUGCGCUCAACUGUGAGUGACAGAUACAAAGUCUUUGUAGAUCUUUUCAACCUGUCAACGUUUUUGGUGCCCAGACACUGGAUACCACGACUGAACCCGAGUAUACACAAGUUUCUGUACACGGCAGAAUGCUGUGAUAGCUCCUAUUUCAGCAGCGAUGACUCUGACUAAAGUGCAUCAACAUUGAGGAACGGAUUUACUUCACCAUUCUGGGAAUUUGCAGCGUGAAAAUAAUAAGGAGGAGCAUGUUAUGAUUGUUUUUGUAAUUGAUUCCCAUGAAUAGGUGGGUAGGGGCCCCAGUGCAUUGCUUUGCCUACAAUGCUGUUAACGCGGCCCUAAUGGUUAUUGUAUACUCUAUAAAAUGCAUGGAAAGAAAUAUACAUAUAUUGUUUAUUUUAUGCAAAUAUUAAUAUAUACAAUAAUGUAUUUUCUAAGUUAAAUAUUGCAUAAUAAGCAAGGUAUAUAUAGUAUAUAUAGCAACAUAUGUAUAAAAUGUUCUGUAAAUAUAAUAAAACAAACAUUUAUAGUAACUUAAAAUACUUUAUUUAUAAAAAUAAAACAAAGUCAUUCAUCAUUUAAAAUUGAUUUUCAAUUUGUUGAAUGCCUGAAGUUAUAUCAGACACAUUUUAUCCUAAUAUAUUAUUCCAUGUUCUAUUUGCUUUGUGUAUAAAGUAUAUAUUUUUUGUAAACAGCAUUUUAUCUAAUAUAUGAUCCCAUGUUCUAA